CAGUGGUAAAGUGAGUGUUCAUUGCAAAUAUUCAACGUCACAUUUUUAACGUAUUUACAAGAGUGAAUAGCUUUUAUUAUGUGAAAAAGUGAAAAUAUAUGGGAGCAAUAGAAAAUAUUUGAAUAAACUUACAAGGCUUACAAGAAUGGGACAGUGAACAAGCAUUUUCCCGCGCAUUUAUCCGGUCAGUUUAUAACAAAAUGGCGGAACUUCGAAACACGAAGAGAAAGAAGAGGAAGAAAGAAGAAACGAUAAUCAAUUAUCAAAGGCCGAGGAAAGAAAACUCGUAAUCAUACGAAGAAAGAAAAUGGAUUCGACGUUCAAAGGUAAGUCGACAACGAUAUUGUUUCUUAUUUCUCGUAUCAUCGCGUCACUCGUUCGUGAGCGAAACAAAUCGCGACACAUGAUUGGCGAAAAUUCGAAACGAUCGAAAUAGCUAUACGAAGUAUGAUCCUUCGAUGAGAUUGAAUCGAAACACGAGCGGAAAAGAGAAAUUUUUACGUUGGUAUCGUAACACGCGGAUAGCCCGCGUGCAAUGAUCGAAUGACGACAGGGGGAUGGUGCGCGCGUUCCUCCGUUCGAGAAUCGGUGCGCGUUGCACCCUUCUGCGCCAGCGUAUCAGACUUCGCAACACACACGAGUAGCGUGUCCUGCCGCGCGCGCCAAGUGUCUAGGAGAGGAAACGCAGCGACGGAGCCGAGCUAAACUCGGCUUUCCUCGACCGAGCGUAGGCGCAGUCUCUCAUCGUCAGUCUUUCUCGCCCCCAGCUUCGAGGGAGCACGCUUCCGGAGUCAGAUCUAUCUUGGAGUGUGUCCACCUCGUCUCAACCCUUAGCUGUCCUCGGUCACUGACCCGAUACAUAUCGGCCCGUUCUCGCAAUUCACGCGAUCUCUCACAGUUGUGCUGUGUGCGGUGUGGUCGCGAGAAGUGUUGUUUGCGAGGUGCUGCAUUUUCGGUAUCGCAGGCAAGAAUAAAUAGAAAAUAUUUCGGUGCGAAUAUACCGUUGUUUCCCCUUUUUUCCACUGGUCAUUGUCAUUCCGUUCGUACAUACCACCCCUCUCUGAACUUUAUCGUUCUCACCCGCACGAUUAUCGCUGGCUCGAGUCGCAACGCGCGACUGUACGCGAGACGAGUCUAUCGAGAGAAGCGUCGGGAAGCAUGGUGGAUCAACAGCAGCCGGACCAGCAACAGGAAGCCGUGCCAAGCGUGGUGGAGUUGAACGUGGGCGGUGUGUUUUAUACCACCGCUCUGACCACCCUUACCCGGGAAAGCGAUUCUCAUCUGGCCGCAUUGUUUUCGGGGAAAACGCCGGUAGAGAAAGAUGCGAAGGGAAAAUAUUUUCUGGAUCGAGACGGGGUACUGUUCCGUUACGUGCUUGAUUUUCUGCGCAAUCAAGCAUUGGUUCUGCCGGAGGGGUUUCGAGAGAAGGAGAGAUUGAGGCAGGAAGCAAAUUUUUACGGUCUGCCUGGAUUGGAACGUGCCAUUCUGGAGAACGGCAAGUCUUCCGGUUCCCUGACCUCUUCCGGGAAGAGAGCAUCCGGACACAUAACUGUCGGUUAUCGCGGAAGCUUUGCAUUCGGUCGCGAGGGUCUGGCGGAUGUAAAGUUUCGGAAGCUGUCGAGGAUCCUCGUAUGCGGUCGUGUCACCCUUUGUAGGGACGUGUUUGGGGAAACUCUGAACGAAAGCCGUGAUCCGGACCACGGCACUACGGAUCGUUACACCUCGAGAUUCUUCCUGAAGCACAGUUCCAUCGAGCAAGCUUUCGACAUGCUUCAAGAGCAAGGUUUUAAGUUGGCCGGUAGCUGUGGUUCCGGUACAGCUGGCGGCAAUUCGGAACAACUCAAGCCUGGAGUGGAUUUUGAGGAGAAUCGUUGGAAUCAUUACAACGAGUUCGUCUUUGUCCGCGAGUAAAUAGCAUACUUCGUUCUUCCUUGGUCUGAAUUAGAUGAACAAAUGGGAAUAGUUGUUGGGAAUAGUCGGUUGUCCUUUCGACACGAUCGACCAAGAUCCAAUAUUCCAACAUCGAAAUAGAAUUCUCCGAUCUUCUCCGUCGCUGACGACGGCAAAGAGGGAAUUGGCUUCCUCGAGACUUUUCUUCUUCUCGAACCGAGAUCGCAACCGGUAGGAUAAAGAGUAGAUGAACUUUUUUUCGUCGUCAACGCACGACCAUUGUGCAUGCAUUAUUCAAAUUCGUCGAGCUAUUAUUGCAACGAUAACGUCAAUCAAUUCCUCUUCCGAAUAUUCUUCCACCAACGGAUAUGGAAAGGAUGUUGACCAAAGAGGUACGUUGUCGUUAUUAAAUAUGGAUUGAAUCGAACGGAUGAAAUUCGUCUGCGAGCAGGGGAGUAGAGAUCUUCGUUGAAAUUACCAGACUCGUCUCUAACGCGUGUAUUUCAACGUGGUGUUGAACAUCGGUUGAAAUACUUUGGGGAGGGGUGAAACAAAGCGAAGUUCACUUUGCUUAAUUUUGCGAUAAUUGGCGGUAGAGACAAAGGCCAAAGAAAGUUGGACGACUACGAAGAGAAUAACACUGGAUCGUCGGGUUUUUGCAAGUUUUGUUUCAUCGUUUCACUAGUUAACGAAGAAUGUAAAAAUUUUAUUCAUCUGUAAAAGAUCUCCCCUUCUUGUAUCGAAGAGGACACGAAAGGAUUUUGAACAAUAAGGAAAAAUCAAUAUUUAAUCGCCAGAUUCGGAAAAA